CGAAACGCCUCAGCGCGCAGCUGUUGUUGGGCGAACAGCUGAAGCGGACCAAGUUGCUCUGUUUCUCUGGGGGUUUUUAAACAUUUAAGUCUCACACAUUAAUUUUUUUUUUCUUGGUACAACCAAAAUGGAAAUUGCACGUGAAUUAAGCGAAGAGAGAAGAUAGUGUUCGAAUGAAAAGGCAGGAGCGAGUGUACAUUCUUCACCAUGGGAAUACUGGACGCCGGACUCACGCGGAUUAUUUUCCGAGUUUUUCGUUGCGAAAGUGCCUGAACUUGAAGACAACAGGCUGCAUUAACUGUACAUAAAGCUGUCAAGAAGCAUCCGAAUGUGACUGGCCAGCAGAACGGGUGUGAACAUGGCGAAAAUCUGCACUGCGCAGUCCUACCCCAGCCGCAGUGGCACAUGGGUCCGCGAUGACCUGGACCACGCCGAGAAGGGCGCUAGCAGGGGAACCUCUCUCUGUGAGGACACUACCUCUGAGCUCCAGGAUCUCUCCUCGGGGACCAGUGGACCUCCAGAGUCACACCAGAGCUCCUUCACUGGCACAGGGGCCAUGGCCAGGCUCUCCCGGUUCAUCUACAUUCUGAGGAGUUGGGCUUCCCUCAGACUCACUCACGAGGCAGAGCGUCCGGAUUCCUUCCUGGAACGCUUCCGGGGCCCUGAGCUGAGAGAGGUGUCCAGCAAUGCCCAGUCAUCCCCAGGCCACCCAGAUGGACCUCGUAAGAGGAGCAAAAAGGAGGACAAGAAGGAAGAAAUAAAGGAGAAGAAAGAUGAAAAAAAGGAUGAAAAGAAAGAUGAAAAAAAAGAUGAAAAGAAAGAUGAGAAAAAGGACGAAAAGAAAGAUGAGAAAAAGGACGAGAAAAAAGAUGACAAGAAAGAUGACAAAAAGAAGGAAGAGCCACCGAAAGAUGUGUGGAUCAUGGACCCAGCCACUGACCUGUACUACAGGUGGCUGACUGUCAUUGCUGGCCCUGCAAUGUACAACCUGAUGAUGCUGGUGACCAGGGCAUGUUUUAAUGAACUCCAGGAAAAAUUCACUACGCUGUGGAUUAUUCUGGAUUGCAGCUCUGAUGUUAUCUACUACACUGACACUUUUGUAAGAUCAAGAACAGGAUUCCUGGAGCAAGGUUUGCUUGUGAAGGAUCCAAAGAAACUGAGGGAUAAUUACAAAAAAACUCAGCAAUUUAAAUACGACAUGAUUUCAAUGAUACCAACUGAUAUCUUGAUGUUAAAAUUUGGGUACAAUAACCCAGAGCUGAGGUUCAACCGUCUUUUCAAAAUAUCUCGUCUCUUUGAAUUCUUUGAUCGUACGGAGACCAGAACAAACUACCCCAACAUUUUCCGAAUUGGUAACCUUGUACUUUACAUCCUCAUCAUUAUCCACUGGAACGCAUGCAUCUUCUUUGCCAUCUCCAAAGUCAUUGGCUUUGGGACGGACACUUGGGUGUAUCCCAACAUUAGCCACCCUGACCAUGGUCGGCUGGCCAGAAAGUAUAUCUACUGCCUGUACUGGUCCACGCUCACCCUAACAACCAUCGGAGAAACGCCCCCUCCCGUCAGAGACAUCGAGUACUUGUUUGUCGUCUGCGACUUCCUCAUCGGAGUGCUAAUUUUUGCCACCAUUGUCGGUAAUGUCGGUGCCAUGAUCUCAAACAUGAACGCCUCGCGUGCUGAUUUCCAAGCCAAGAUCGACUCCAUAAAGCAGUACAUGCAAUUCCGUAAGGUCACCAAGGACCUGGAGGCCAGGGUGAUCAAAUGGUUUGACUACCUGUGGACUAACAAGAAGACCUGCGAUGAAAAGGAGGUGCUGAAGAACUUGCCCGACAAACUGAAGGCGGAGAUCGCCAUCAACGUCCAUCUUGACACGCUGAAGAAGGUGCGCAUCUUCCAGGACUGUGAAGCCGGUCUGCUCAUCGAACUGGUCCUCAAGCUCCAACCGCAGGUUUUCAGCCCCGGGGACUACAUCUGCAAGAAAGGCGACAUCGGCAGGGAGAUGUACAUCAUCAAGGAAGGCAAGCUGGCCGUCGUGGCCGAUGACGGGGUCACCCAGUUUGUGGUGCUCAGCGACGGCGCUUACUUUGGUGAGAUCAGCAUUCUGGGCAUCAAGGGAAGUAAGGCCGGAAACCGGAGGACGGCCAACAUCCGCAGCGUGGGCUACUCGGACCUCUUUGCCCUCUCCAAAGAUGACCUGAUGGAGGCGCUCACAGAGUACCCGGAGGCCAAGAAGGCACUAGAGGAGAAAGGGAAGGCCAUCCUGAUGAAGGACAACCUGAUCGACGAGGAGGUGGCCAACGCAGGGGCCGACCCCAAGGACUUGGAGGAGAAGAUCAGCCGACUUGAGAGCAACCUGGACGUUAUGCAGACUAAGUUCGCCAAACUCAUGGCUGAAUACACGGCCAACCAGAACAAGGUCAAGCAGAGGAUCAGCAACAUGGAGGCCAGAGUGAAGACCCUGCAUGUAGAAGAUCUUUCUGAGGUUGUCGAAGAUAAAAAGACCAAAUAGUAUCAGGCACAGCAUCAAACUGGUGGUAUUUUAUAAAAAGAAGUCUUUUAUAAAAUAUUCUAUAUAAUUGUAAAAUCUAGUUUGACACUUUUUAAACCAUUUAUAAGCAGAUACAUUUAUGUAUUAUACAUUAUGACCUUUUUACUCCUCAGUGUCAAAGAGUCAUGUAAAUACAGUCUACUUGGGAAAUGUGCAGCACUGCCAUGUUACAGUGUGAGUCAAUGCGAGAGAUCGCGACGUGGCGGUCAGGCAUGUAGAUAAUUUAACCCCGGAAUGAAAGACACGGUCGUUAGUCUGCCAGUGUGAAGGUGUAAAAAUGUGUGUUUACACACCACCAGUUCUCACUUCAGCGGAGUUCUCUGCAGUUACUAUUAAGGACAACCUGGCAACUCAAUGUGCACAGGGGCUCAUUCAUCCUUGUAGGAAUGGAGCCUAAACCUUGUUUUGGUCUCUUGAAUAAGUCAAGAACCUGAACCAUGAUCUCCAGCCACAGACACUGAACUCAGUAGGUGUGUGACAUGCAGUGUUUGGCAGGGGUGCCCACAGCGACCGACAGGAUGCAGGUGUCCAUACCAGAUCCACUCCCAUCCCUGUAAGUUCUGAGCCCUGGACUACGUUCAUUACUUAACCUGGAUGAACAGUAACAAUACCUGCAUUUAUUUAAAUGUGUGAAAUGUAACUUAUGCAAGUUUUUAGCAUGCUAAAAGCUUUUGAAUUCAAAUAAAAUUAAAUAUGGCUGACUUUCUCUUCUACCUUCAUGUCAAAAUUUUGCAUCAGAACCCAGCUG